CCUCAUUCGUUAUCUUCUAUCUUCAUGUAAAGUUAGAAUUUAUGUUCAACUAUCGGGCAGUGCAUUUAUUCUCAAACUUGUUUUGCCAGUAUUUAGCAAAAUGGAAUUAAUUUACGUCAUCGCAUGUUUACUUGUCAGUUUAGUUGUGGUUCCUGUAUCAAGCUUCUCAGACGAUCCAGAUACGCAGAAAAUAUUAGCCAUCUUAGCUGGGCAACGCAAUGAGAUUUUGCAGUUGAAAGAAACGGUGUUGCGCGUAGAAAAUGACAACAAAGAACUAAAGAACGAAAUUCAUCAUCUCAAAGAGAAAACAGAACACCACACGAAGCAUAAUGCUAACACUCUAAAAAUUGCAAAUAUGUCUCCACGACACAAAAGGCUACUGCUUGAUCCACUGAAUGAAUACACAGAAAACCAAAGAGUAGCUUUCACCGCCAAACUGUCCAAACACAUGACGAACCUUGGCAACAACCAACCAAUAGUUUUUGACGCAAUCGUGACGAACGUUGGACAGCACUACUCUCCAAACACUGGUGUGUUUACUGCACCAACCAACGCCACUUACUAUUUCUUUGCGAGUAUUAUGAGUCAUUCCGGUAAGGUACUCGAAUCUGAGAUAGUCAAGAAUGGAGUAAGAAUGGUGAUGAUGUAUUCAUAUGAUACCGCGCACGAACAAGGCACCAACAGUGUUGUCCUUCAGCUUAGUGCUGGAGAUGAAGUCUGGGUUCGUCAUACCCUUACUAUUGGCUCAAUGGUAUACGGGAAUACCUGGUCCACGUUCUCGGGUUUCCAAAUAUCUGACAGUUAUUAUCUGUAAAUGAAUACAGAAUAUAAAUAAUCUUGCAGAUAUUAAACAGAGUUGAAUGAUUUUCUUAUGCUUAUCAUAUUUGCGCUUGUAUCCGUGAAGAGACAGACACUAAUGCCGUGACAAAAGAUGCACGCAACAAAUGGGUACUAUUGCCGUUUUAUUAGAUAGACAUAACAAACAGGCACUACUGUCGUUACAAUAGAUAAACAGAACAAAUAGGUAUAUUACUAUUGUCGUAUCAAUAGACGCACACAACAAUUAAGCUCUACUGCCGUUACAAUAGAUAGAUCAUCACUUUUUCCUGCACCUACUUUUCAUGUUAUGCUACCCUAAAAAUGAUGCAUAUUUGCUCUCUCUUGCCCGAACAUUAAAUCACUACUUUCGGUUUCGACCUUCAAAGUAAAAUUGGAGUAAAAUCUUGAAACCGGUCUUAUUUCAUGCAGAAUACAUUCUAGCAGCAAAAAUUUGCACAUUUUUGUAAUGAAUUACCAAUCUUAUUCCUAUAUCAGUACAUUCGUUUUUAGUAGAGAUGUCAGUCAAUCGUUUAUUUUCAAGCGUUGUCACUAUCUUAACCCUUACCAUGCUAGACACGCUUAAUCCUGCCUUGCGA